CACCAGUCCAGCGUUCGGUCAACAGCCCAGGUCACGAUGCUGUCCACUAUGUCAUUCCCUCACUCGAUACCGCCAGCCUACUCGGCGUCAUCUGCCUCCCCCUCCAACAUGACCAGCUCGCUGCCUAUAAUACCGCGCGGUCCCGCUGCCCCGCAGCGUCCCAAGCUCUCCAUCAGCACCGUCAACACCCCCCGAAGUUUUGGCAAAGGCGCCAGUCUGCGACUUGACACUCUAAGUGCCGUCUCCCCCACCAAAGUCAACACCUUCUCCAACGCAUACCCAGCCCUCGAGCGCCCUUCGAAGCCCCGCCUUUGCAUAGACAGCAGCAUCCCGAAUGCGACCAGCGCCACCACCACCCCGAGUUCAGCGUCUACUCUCUCGUCCGCGCUCACCUCAGCCUCGCAGGAGUCUGCUACCAGUCCAAUACCCUACAAGCAGCCACACAACCUUACGUCAAUACUCGCAAAUAGCCCUGCACGGUCGAUAAUACCGCGCAAGAUGGCAGCCUCGCGGCCCAUGUUCCCCGCCGAGAAGCGCGUGUCUUUCCGCACCCCGCUGGAAGAGGAGAUCACCACAGUCAAGUACACUCUGGCCCAUUCGGAUCUAGAGGCUUCUGUCUCUACACUGUCCUCGCUCGCCUCAACCGCAUCCUCCGACUCCAGCCUCUCAGCUACACGCCAUUCGCUCUGCUCCGAUAGCUCUGAGAAGGCCUCUUCUGCACAAGAAAGCUCUCCCCGACCCAAGCAACCACGGACAGGCGACAAGCGAGACUCUUCGUCUUCCGAGGAUGACAGCGAUUCCUGUCCGGAAACGCCCGUCGCAGGACGUCGCAAGAGAACGCGCGACUGGCGAUGGACACUGGGGCCAGUAUCAGCAUCAGCAUCCGACAAGUCAACAGCCAGCGAGUCCACAACCAGCGAGGACAGCUGCUGAUCACAAUCUACCUUUCUUUUGCGUUUAUUCCCCACCACAUAGACGGCGCGUCACCGCAGGUCAUCACACGAAGGUUGCAUGGAGAUAUUGAGCGAGUUCACGAGCAUUUACGGCGUUAUGUCUUUUCCAGAGAUACCAUCAUCAUCAGCAUCAGCAUCGCAUUACCUCACUACCACAUUGCGCCACAC